UUUCGAAUUUUGUUUGUUGUUGAUCAUCAAAACAUUAAUAACAAUUAUGGCCUGUCUGUACUAACUUCUAUAAUUUCUUGUUUAUUGCUUUUCAACGUUAACUUAUAUUAUCGUACAAUGGAAUUUCGUUCUCAAGAUUUUGCACAACUUGUUUUGGGUUAUUUAAAAGAAACUCGGUGCAAAAGAGCCUUCCUUGAUCUGCUGUAUCACUCGGAACAUUUACGAGAUCAUGCAAACAAUUAUCGUAACCGUAGGUUUGUUGUCACACGUGUUGCUGGUAUGAGUUUAGUCGAAUAUUUAAACGAAUAUGCUGCCAUUUACACCAUAGUUCAAGAACGUUUGGAGGCGACUGAUUUUUAUAAAGAAAAUUGUUCACGCUCUUCCUUAAUGAAACAAGUUUUAUAUUUAUUUGACAAAUUUGAUAUUCAUUCGAGGACUAGCACACCAAUACAAGAAAUUGCAACUGUAAAUUCGCAUAACGCGAGCACCAACACCGAACCGUGUGAUGUGCAAAAUAUAUCUGACAUUGGCCACAGGUCAUUCGAUCACCUAUCCAUAAGUACAACGCCCAAGAAUACCUUUGAAGAUGAUCCCAUACAAAAGUCGCACGAUAAAUCAAGAGAAACCACCUCGACAUGUGAUAAAUCUACUACCACUGACAACGAGGCAGAGGUCAAAGAGAAAUCGCACGAACAAUGCGAAGAGAUAUUUACAAACACCUUUUUAGAAAAUAUAGAACUGAUCGAGAAAUUGGCCGACAAUAUUAAUAAGGAAGUUUCAUCAAAAUCAAGUGCAGAAUUGGACAGUUUAGCAAUUCAAAGCAUUGUACAAAGGACAGAAUCGGAUCCUAUCUUAGUUCAACUAAUAUCGGAAAUAAUAGGUACUGAUGAGGAUACAGAAAAUGCAACGGAUAAAGAAGCCAGUUCCAAUCAAUGUGAGCAACCACUAACAUGUGAAAAUACUCUAAAGUAA